GAAAGGCACCGGGCUGUGGGUAUUCGAUCAGCCUCAGUAUAAGCAGUGGAGGACGUCGGCAGAGUCGUCAGUUCUGUGGCUACAAGGGCAGGGUAAGUACCUUUCAAAUAAGGCGCCGAAUAUCGUAUGCUAACACGACCAGCGGGGACCGGAAAAAGCACACUGAUGUGAACAAAUCAUCCUCUGCUGCUCAGGAAAUGUACUAAUCAUGCUUGAUAGGUCCCUGAUUAUUGACAGCGUCCGAGCGAACCAAACAGCCCUCCAGGCAAGCCCGUUGGCGUAUAUAUACUGCUCCCGGAAUGCAGCCAUCCCAGACGACGAGCCCGAGUCGUUGGCACGCAAUAUAAUAAAGCAACUAUCCCGGACAGGACCUGGAAAGCCUCUUCGCGGGGCCGUGGUUCAGAAAUACCAAGAUAUGCAGGACCAGGGCUACGGGAUGGAAGUGCUGGCAUUCCCUGACACGAGGAAUCUGCUUAUGCAGCUGGUAGAGGAGCAGACGACACUGAUAUUCGUGGACGCGGUGGACGAAUGCACCCCAGCGCAGCAGAAAGAGCUAUUCCAGAUCGUGCUCGGUCUGCUGGAACCGCAUGGCAAGCGGGUGGUCAAGAUACUGAUCUCUAGCAGACCGAGUCUCGAAAUAUCAACUCACGUCAGAGCUCUGGACAACUCUUAUACCAUCGACGCAGGGCAGAACAAGACCGAUAUCAACAGCUUCGCCUGGCUCAAGGCGAACGAAUGCGCAGAGGACAUGAAGCUGCGCAUGAUACCCAUUUCCAGCAAGUUUGAGGAACGGCUGGCAAGGGCUCUCAUCGACGGUGCACAAGGAAUGUAAGAUAUCUCACAUUUCACUGUCGAUAAACUUGAGCUGAUCAAUCCAGGUUUCUGUGGAUCAAACUGCAAGCUGACCUGUUGAACGACCCGACGCAAACGAC